UUUUUUAUUUUUAUUUUAAUAGGCGAUUAGAAUGAAUGUUUUAAUGAAUAUAAAGAAUCAACAAUUCUAUGGAAAUCAUCGAAAGACGGAAAGAUUCUUCGAAUCUAGUCAUACCAUUUCGUGAUAUUGACAAUUUCAAAAAACUCCUCAUACAUGAGCAUAGUUAUGCUGGCGGUCGGGCAAAUGUGCCCCCAUCGUCUAGUGGUUCAGCGACAUAUCUCUUUCCAAGGAGGCCAAGCGGGAUUCGACUUCCCCUGGGGUAGGGUAUUACGAAAGGAAGUUAUCAAUGGAUUAUUAAUAAGUCUGGAAUUGAUUCUCCUGGUCGAUGGCCCGAGCGGUUAA